AUGGUUAAAUGUUUAAUGGUAAAAUUAUCUUGUUCACUGUUCCCAGGUUCAGUUCAAGAUGAUGAGAAAGUAGAAACAGUUUGUUUAUCCUCUCGCGUAACGAACCGUCUUACGAAACGACAGAAUGUUAACUUUCAUAUAUCUACUCAACUUUGUUGUGUGAAACAGCAAUGCAUAAGCAAGAAAUGUACUCAAAAAGUUUUUGUACGUCUUCAGUUUAAAGAAAAGUUUGGCAUGCAUCUUGUUGAUAUCAAAGAAUUGUCAAAUGCAGAUAUAGAUUUCCAAUCACCAAAAUGUCACCCUUGUGUUUAA